UAGAGACAGUCCAUUAGUCGACGGGUUUGAAGCAGGUAUCGCGCUUCGCCCGCUCUACCGGUUGAACGUAAACGACAACGAUCGAACGAACGUCAUAUUAUUACGAACUUCAUUGUGUUCUAAAGUUAAAAUUAAUAAAUUUUCAAAAACAAUAAAGUAUAUAUCGGAUCAGUGAUGAUACAGUGUAAAUAUAUAACUACAUGGUGUAACUUUAUGAAACAUAAAGUGCAUAGCAUAGCGGUACUGCAGAACCAGAUUUCAAGUCUUCGAUAUAUUGAAUGUUGCUUUAUAUUUGUUUUGUGAACUGGCUUGAAAUUCUUCUAUGUUCCAUCGGACUCCGCCUAGAAGCAAAGAUCUCACCAAUGUUACGAUGCAGACAGCACGUGAGUCGAGCCGGCAAAAACGCUGCAACAAACGACGCAACUCGCGAAAGAAAUCCUUGUCACCCUCAGAUCUAAAAUGCUCUCGGGGCGAAUCGAAACAGGACAGCAAAUUGGGCAAGCGUUCACUCUCUGAGGGUUCGGUCAAAGUGAAACAUAGGAAAAGCAAUAUUCGUAGGACAUUAACUCAUCCCUUUACGGGGUCAGAUGAGAUUAAAGAUGUGACUAUGACGGGAGUGUUUAACCGGGAAGUGAAAGUGGAACCUCCACCGGAGAGUGACGAGUCCAAUUUACCUCCGACGAGUAGCGAUAGGGACACAGAGGAUGAUGGUCGCGUUAGGCCUCGGCCGACACCGCAGUGGUCCAAAUGGGACUCUGGGAGUGAAAUGGACUCGUUGGUGACGACGGUAGUGAGGAGAGCUUCCGCCAGGCGACGCAGGACGCCAGCUAACCCAGAGUGGGGCGGCACUGAAGCAGGCGAAGUGAGCGAACCGGAGGCCGGUCGCAUGCGUCCCGAGGACUACCGACUCGUGUUCCUCAGCUCAGACUCCUCCUGCCGCGACGACACGGAGGACUCCUCCUCCACCUCCUCCGCCGCGCCGCCAGCUCCGGACGACUGCGACUGGGAUUACUUCGAGCCCGGCGCGGCCCCACCCCCACCACCUCCGAGACACACGCCACAAGUCUGCCCCAGAACUUGCUCCUGUGGCGCUGAACCCCGCAUCGUCGCUGUCCCUGUCCCUGUUCCUGUUCCCGUCCCCGCCGCGCUCUGGCCAGCUCUCCUCGCCUUCCCCACUCAAACCCCACCUACCCCGCAUUGGCACACCUACCCCGGUUUCCCCCCUCUCGAUGCCGCGGCGCUCGCUAGGCUCACCACGGCCGCUGCCGUCGCCGUCUCCGCCGCCGCCUCUGCCACCGCCACCGCUCUCCCGCACACUGAAAUGACUCCCGAUAAAACCGACAAAGCUAUACAGUCCGAAACGACGCAACCGCCCGAUAACGAUAACAAUGAUAAUAUUAUUGAACAGCCAGUUGAGUGCGAAGCGCCGGAUGGAAUUAAAGUGAUCGCCGAGGAGGAUACAUUAUCAGUAUUAUCGGAACAAGCAGAGGUCAUGCCGGAUCAUUUAGACGCAGAGAAAGCUUUCCCAUCAUCAAAUGAAUCUGGAGAAUCCAGUGAUUCUGAAGCUGACGUUGAACGAAGGAGCUAUGACCUAACUAGUGGCGCGCCUGAGGAACCUGUGACGUCGGAUGAAGACUCCGACGACUCCGGCGGAGGAGGAGGCAGGUUCUCACGAGUGUUUGUUGUCAAUCCUGCUGAUUCAUCUUCAGAUUUAGAAGAUAAUGCUGACAGUAGCGGCAUAGACUGCGAUGACUCUUUCGACAAAAAAUCUGAUAGUUUAGAAAUAAUGGCCGUCGAAGUUGCCGUGCAAAAUGAAAUUAAUAUUAAUGUGGAACAAAGACAGGAAUUUGAAGAAAAUAAUGACAAUGACAACAUAGUGCUUUUGGAUUCCUUGACUUUUACAGAAGAAUAUCCGAUGAUACCUUAUGGAAGUGAUAAUAAUGAAAAUAAUAGUAAUAAGUCAGACGAAAAAUCUCAUUUUAUUAAAUUUUGCGAUAAAAAUAUGUUACAAAGUGAAACCUGUGAAGAAUAUAAUAGUUUUAAUGCAAGUUGUAGCACAAGUAGCGAUAAUUCAGAUAAAAAGAAUUACAUAGAUAAUGGAUUAAAUAGUUCUGAAAGUAUGUCAAUCAGCAACGAUUGCGAUUCAUUAGAUAACACUUUAAAUGCAGAAAGUGAUAUGAAAGUAAAAGUCUCGGUGGAGGUGCCUAAUGAAAAAUAUAACAAUGAAGAAUUAUUUUCUAACAAAAUUCCACACGCUUCUCCAUUGACAAAAUUAUCAUCUUCGCCGGAACCCGAUCAGGACAGCCAAAGUUCACCGACCGUGGACAAAAUAGACUUAUUCAAAGGAAUUGAACGUACACUGAGUGAACUAUUGAAGAAAGAAUUACUCGAGGAACAAGGAGAGGAGAAAAUACACGGCACGCGGCCGGUUUGCAGUGCGGAGGCGGGGGGCGCCAGCGCACCUGCCGCGACAACAGUUUGCCGCUCGCGCAGCGCUCGCACGGACGGCUCCGCGCGCUUCACGAGUCGCGUUAUGAUAACGCACGAUCGCGUCUCGGUCGUCACGUCAGAUACAACGCGGCUCAUGCGGGACAUAACAGUGCACCACACAAACUCACAAAACGAACCGAUUUCCGAUACACAAGACGAAAACGAACAAAGUUUGGCUUCCGACGACGAAGUACCACAGCCUUCGGGCGGAGUGACUGUCGUUAGCAAUGCCGACACUCUCUCAGCGGUCGUGUGCCUCGAGGAGGGGCUUGCAGACGACGAUUCGUGGGUCGAGGACGUCAGCCAUGACGAUGACGAGGCCACCACCGCGACGGACUCAGACUCAGGGGAUGAAGCGACAUUGCCCGCCCGGGGAGACGAUUUCGCCUACUGUAGGCGUUCCAUAGACUUCACUUUACACACGAUAGUCGAAGAAAGUUGCGAAGAAAGCGAAACGGAACAUACAACUAAAAAACCACGACCUGUAUCCGCUACGGAGCUAGAUAAAUACUUUUUCUUUGAUUUAGGAGACGGAAGAAAUGUGCGCGAUGAUGAAGAGCCAGUGUCAGAAACGUCUAGUGUGUGCAGUGAGGGUGGUGAAUCUAUGGUUGAUAGCGAACAACCGAAAAGAAACAGUAGUGAUAAUGAUGAACUAGCGUCUUCACGUUUGGAAAAAUAUUUCCUAUCUGGAUUUAUGGGUUUCAAUCAAGAAAGGCAUGAUUCAGAUGGAUCUGGGAGUGUGGGAAGUGACAGUGAAGGCAGACAAAGUCCACAAAGAAGAAAACGGUUAGUCCGGGCAAGAGGUACUCCUAGAUCACAUUCAUCAUCAUUGGAUAAUUUAUUAACGGGAGAAGAACCGUCACAAGAAACUCAAGAAGUAUCCGACGGUUCAAGCACAGAAACUGAAGAUAGGCACGAUUCAUCUGAGCGGCUUGACGUGCAAGGCGAAUCAAAAAGAAAGAAGCAGAGUAAAAAAACGCGCGGUUCACCUGCCGAUGAACGGAGACAAUCAGCAGAGUUUGCUGAUGAAACACGAGAUGACACCAGAUCUGUGUCUGAAGGUGAAGAUGGCAGGUCUUCUCCUCGGCCUGAAUUCCCACCGCUUGGAUCUGAACUAUCUGAAUCGAAAAAACAAGCUAGUAGAGACAGUGGUUUUGUUGGCAGCUGUGACGAUUUAUUAAGAAACGGCGAUUCGAGUUCAGAAUUUGGUAGAUCUCACGAACCUAAAAUAGAAUUAGAAGAAAUUAUAGAAGAGAUAAGACCGGAUAUUGAGGAACGCUUAGAGGGCCCACCGUCAACCCGUCCCCCGCCAAGUUCAUUAACUCGUAAAGAUAGCUUUAACAAUUGGUCAUCUGAUGAGGAAACUAAUCUUAUGAUGAAUAAAAUGAGACAAUUUUUUAAGCAAAUGAUAAACUCGGCUAAUGUAAGAACAUCAACACCUGCAUCAGCAUCAUCAAAUUCAGAAAGUUCACGACCGCCUAAACCUCCACAAUUGCUUUACUUUGAAAGUGAAUUAACGAGACUUAUGAAAACAGUUCCUGGUAUAAGAGAUGAGGAAGUUCGGGAAAUUGUGGAGUAUUUAUCUAGUGAAGAUACAUGGAGUGAUUCGUACGAUUCAUCUGACUACGCGGGGUCCGAUUUAGAAGGCACAGCUAACCGUUCAGCUCUAAGGAAACAAAUAUCAGACAGCUGUCGGGAAAUUAUAGAUGAAUUCGACCGUGGUAAUAGCGAAGCAGGCUCAUUAGAGCGUGACGCGGCUGGCGCAUAUCAAAGAUUGGCUGCAACAUUGGGAAGAGCCGGGGAAGGAUCCCCUCCUUUAUUUGGAAAAGUUAUGCGUCAUAUAGGAGGAAGAUUAGUGGCGUUAAUGCAUGAUGUGUCUGCUGGAGCGUCACCUAGUACUGAUGAUGAUAGUGCGUCUGAGCCAGGAGCCUUAGCUCGGAGUCGUUCUCAUGAUAUACUCGAAGCGGCGGUGAGCAGAGGAAGUGUGGCUAGUGACUGUGAACGAUUUUCAUGGCGCGGUAGUUUUGAGUCGGCAUUGCUGGCAACGGAUUCUCGUGGUACAUUGGGUGGUCCUGGAAGUGAGGCAAGAAGAUCACCAGCGGGCGCUGAGUUGGCAGCUCAAAGAUCUCACUCAAGAAGUUGUGGAGCGAUAGGCGGCAGUGAAGAUCGUUUAUGGCGAGGAAGGCGUCGAGCUUCUGCGCCAGAUGCAGAGUCAGAGGAAGAGCAGCGCGCUGGGUCGCUUCCUCGCUUACCGUCCAUCACAGGAACCAACACUGUCCCGGCCGGGCCCGUCAAGUCCGCCCGGUACCGGGCCCCUGGGUUCCGCACCGCUACCAGGGCAGCCUCGGCCCCUGGGCUCCACGCGCCCAGGAGGCGACGACCACCGCCCACCUUGCAUCUGCCGCCACCUGCUGCACCUGCUUCAGCUCCAAGUCUUCAAGAUGAAACAUUCAUAUCAGAGAGCUUGUCGCCGAGUCACGCGACCCUCCCGCGGAGGUCCAACUCGCCCCUGCCGCACGAGAGGGACAUGUUGGACAGAGAUCGCUUCCCUAUCAAUAGGAGUGGAUUACAGGCCCGCUCAGAAUCAAUGGCGUCAGUGUAUUCGGGAGCAGGCGAAGGCAUCCGAGGGAACGUGACGGUCCGCGGGGAGGUCCAGAUAUCGUUGCUGUACAACUACAGGCUUGGGGCCCUGGAGGUCGGCGUCAAGAGGUGCAGGGACCUGGCCCCAGUGGACACCAAGAGGAACCGCUCCGACCCUUAUGUCAAGGUGUACCUCCUCCCAGACAAGUCCAAAACCGGCAAACGCAAAACAAAAGUGAAGAAGAACACGCUCAGCCCCGUGUUCGAGGAGACGCUGAGCUUCGUUCAGCCGCUGGCCUCGCUGUCCGCGCGGACACUGUGGCUCAGCGUGUGGCACGCCGACAUGUUCGGCCGGAACGACUUCCUCGGCGAGGUGACGCUGCCGCUGGCCGACGUCGUGUUCGACGACCCCGCGCCCCAGUGGCAUAAGUUGCAUGAGAGGACGGAGCAAUUCGAUGAGCAACAGGGUUCUCGCGGGGAUUUGAUCGUGGGUUUGAAAUUCGAACUGCACGAGAGCGGCGCCAAUCGCGGCAAGGGCACACUUCAUGUGCUCGUCAAAGAAGCAAAGAAUCUCGUCGCUUCCAAACCGAACGGAUUGGCCGAUGUUUUUUGCAAAAGCUACCUGCUGCCGGAGCGCGGACGGCUGUCGAAGCAGAAGACGGGCGUGUGCCGGCGCACGCUGAGCCCGCGCUGGGAGCACACGUUCACGUACCGCGGCCUGACGCCGAGCCAGCUGGCGGCGCGCGCGCUCGACCUCACGCUGUGGGACCGCGACCGCCUCGCCUCCAACGAGUUCAUGGGCGCUGUGAGACUCUCACUCGGCACAGGUACAUAUAUGGGCGCAAAUGUCAAUUGGAUGGACAGCGUAGGCAAAGAAGUCACUCUCUGGCAGACCAUGAUGCAGCGACCUAACUUCUGGGUCGAAGGCUCCUUGCCUCUCAGACCACACCUCAGCAACUAAAUCCUCAUAAUCUACAUCACUAUACUCAUCUAUUAUAUUUUCCUAAAAAUAUAACGUGCGUGCAUCAAGCUCUUAUACUUUGUCGGCUCCAUUGAUCUGACGUCCGCCUAGAUGGAGUCUCGUAUUAAAAUAAAUAUUACUUAUAUCUAAUCUACAUCACUUUAUUACAAUACUUUCUAAAAAAUUAAUCGCAUUUACAGUUUUCCUUCUAAAGUGUUGGAUCUACACCAUACUUAUUUGUAAAUUAAUUUUGAAAAGUCUUAUCAUUUCUGCUUCAUAUUGAUAAGUGCCAACGAUAUUCUAGACUACUUAUAUUAUUUUCUUACGUAGGUAUAUAGUUUACUUAUUUUAUUGAAUAUAUAAAUAGAAUAAGUGAUAUUGUAAAAAUAUAAAUUCUGUAAAACGGCUAAAAUGAAUUAUAUACUUAAAUCAAUAAUAGUAUGUUUUGAUAUACUUACAUUCCAAAAUGUGAUGGAAAAAUAUAUUUAUAUUUUCUAAUAGAUUUAAGACUUAUAAUGACAAUACCUUAUAUAAUUAAACUUAACUGCCGUUAAGUUAUAAGUGCCUAGAGUUAAUUAUGUUAAUGCAUUUAAAUUAGAAUUUAUUAUGUACAAAUUAAGUUCACAUGAGUUAGGGAUCUGCUCAUGCAUUAUUGUGAUUUAAAUAUUAUGAUAGGUACAGACAGUUUAUAAAAAAAUCUUGUGGAAUGUAUUUUGUAUACUUAAUAUUAAAGGGUAUUUGAAUAAUGGGAUUGUAAGCUUUAUACUUCAAUAUACAGAGACGUCCAUAGUAUGUAAAAUUAGAUUCUGCUGGAAUCUACAAUGCAGAUUAUAAGUAUCGUCUUAACAUUUUUUUAUACAAAAUAAUUAUAAUUAAAGGCGAUUGAAAAUAAAACCUUUUCAACAUA